AUGUCUCCUACUGUUAAACCAGCGCCCGGGCACCUCGGCAACCUCACUCCUGACCAGGAAGGAAAGGUAAUCGAAUUUUGGAUCAUUAUUUUGACCUCUGUUGCGACUGUAUUGUCGGCUGUAUAUGAUGUUUCAAUUCCAGAGGGGCCCUCUAGCAACCUAUUUGCUGCCCUGGACAAGGUCAAAGAGCCGACUGUGGAGGCUAUUAUUAGCGCAUUGAAGGGCGAAAACAUCAAUGGAGAGACCUCAAAUGGGACUGCACCGGCGGAAUCAAAUGGCGAGACCAAUGGGAAAACCACCGCAGAAAACAAUCUCGACAAUAAAGAGCAGAAAUCACUCGACAAGGUGGACUCGCUCAUGAAUGAACAUGCCAAAGAUACUAUCAUUUCGGAAAUGGCCAACCGCAAGGUCACCCCGGCGCACUUUACUUCCCUUUUCUCUCGGCUUCGAAAAUUAGGCGUGCACGAGGAAGAAAUCAAGUCCAUGGAGCACAUUCUCUCCAGGAUGACACCUCAGGAGAUGUGCUUUGCGGUCUUGAAGAUGAUCAAGCAGGAACACCCGGAUAGUCUAUUGCUUCGAUUUCUGCGCGCUAGGAAAUGGGAUGUCGGAAAAGCUUUCUCGAUGAUGGCGUCGAAUUUCCUGUGGAGAAAAGAAGCGAAGGUUGACGACGAGAUUCUGCCCCGGGGAGAGGAAUAUGCUCUGGAGCAAUCCCGCAGCGCCAGCGCUACCCCGAAGGAGAAGAAGGAAGGUGCCGAAUUCAUGAAUCAACUCAAGACAGGGAAAAGCUUCCUUCAUGGUUUUGACAGAGAGGGCCGGCCUGUUAUCUAUAUUAGAGUGAAGAUUCACAAGCCAAGUGCUCAGAGUGAAGAAACCCUCGAGCGGUAUAUUGUCCAUAUGAUAGAGUCAGCACGACUCAUCGUGGUUCCUCCGGUUGAAACAGGCACCAUUGUCUUCGAUAUGACUGGGUUCGGACUCUCCAACAUGGACUACCCUCCAGUCAAGUUCAUCCUCAAAUGCUUCGAGGCAAAUUACCCCGAGUCUCUGGGGCAACUGCUCAUUCAUAACGCACCAUGGGUUUUCUCCGGAAUCUGGAGACUCAUCCACGGCUGGAUGGACCCCGUCGUCGCAUCAAAAGUUCAUUUCACGAAGUCAAUCGCGGACCUGGACAAGUUCAUCCCGCGCGAUAAGAUCCCCAAAGAGUUCUCCGGCAACGGAAACUGGAGCUAUAACUACGACGAGCCCGUCAAAGAUGAAAAUGCGGCCAUGAAAGACACAGCGACGCGUGACUCGCUCAUGUACGACCGUAUGAUGAUCGGUAUCCGGAUAAUCACUGCCACAGCUGCGUGGAUCUCUGCCAGCUCACAUUCUGAUGGGAAGGAAGAGGUGUCAAAACUGGAGGAUAUCAAGUCACGACGAAAUGCUGUGAUUGAGGAGUUCCAUGUGAACUAUUGGAAGUUGGACCCUUAUAUUCGGGCGCGGUCGUUCAUUGACCGGACUGGGAUGAUUUUGCCGAGUGGUGCGCUUGGAAUGGAUGCCAAUUCAAACGGACAGGCAAAGUAG